AUGCUUGGUAGCGGCCUGGGGCUAAGCUCCCUCUCUGCUUCAUUGCUCUAUUUCCUCGGUCAACAGCCAAGCUCGGUCACACACCACCCUGUACUGCCUCCAUCUUAUCCACUAGCAGUCCGCAAUCCCUAUCUAUCAGCAUGGAUGCCAAGCGAUCGAGUCCAGCAGCUACCCAUUUCUGAGCCUCAAUUCUGGGCAGGCCAGGAACUGGGAUGGUCUGUGAUUGUCCGUGUCGAUGGCCAGGCAUACAGUCUGAUGGGCGUACCUGAAUCUGAUGACAAGUUGAUUCGCCCCGCCAAGGUGCGCCGUGCUGAGUUUACCGCUACUCACACGGUAUUCGAUCUUGUCGCUGGACCUGUGGCGGUGACGUUGGACUUUCUGUCGCCUGUUUCGCCAUCGAAUUAUUUGAGACAAUCACUUCCUUUCAGUUACUUGACUGUUCACGUGUCUGAGUCGCGUGGUCACAGCAUUCAAGUUUACUCGGAUAUUGAUGCCAGAUGGACUGGCCGGGAAAGUCGAUCGCUGUGUGACUUCGAGGCGGUAGAUGGCCUCGCUAUUUACUCACUUACGGUUGAAGAUGCAACGCUUUAUGAAGAAGCUGAUGAUAUGGCUCUUUGGGGCUCGGCUAUCUUGGCCUCUCGGCCGUCGAAUUUUACGACCUUGUCUGCUCUUUCAGGUGCACCGGAGGACGUAAGACGGACUUUCGUUGAAAAUGGUGAGCUUCGCGGCGAAGAUAGCUGGAGCGAUGGAAGUGUCGUUGCACUGGUUCAUGACCUUGGUAGAGUCACCGGUGGACUUUCUGUCAAUUUCGUGGUCGGAUACGAGAGGGAAGCUGCUAUCAAUUAUCUGGGAGAGCCUUACACUGGUUAUUAUCGAUCAGAGUACCCAACCACAUCAAGCGCGCUGUCUUUCUUCUUGGAUGACUAUCCCACUGCAUUGCUGGAGUCAAUGAAGCUGGAUCAAGAGCUUGUCACCUCUUCUGCAGCUUCCGCGGGGUCAAAAUAUGCAGAUAUACUUGCUCUUUCAACUCGACAAGCCUACGGAGGCAUUGACCUGGCUAUACCCAACGACUCACGCAACACAAGUGCCGUGUUGGCAUUCAUCAAAGAGCUCUCUAGCGACGGAAACAUCAACACCAUCGAUGUGAUUAUGCCAGCGUUUCCAAUCUACUACGUUAUGGACCCAGACUACAUUCGUUUGCUGUUGGAGCCUGUGAUGAAGUACCUCGCUGCUGGUCGUUGGCAUCUGCCAUACGCAAUUCACGACCUCGGGACUCAUUAUCCUCAUGCUAUUGGCCACGAUGAUCAACAGGCAGAGCCCAUGCCCAUUGAAGAAUGUGGCAAUGUCCUGAUCCUUGCGGCUGCAUAUGUUCAUGCAACUGGUGACACGGAAUGGAUAGCGCAAUACACGAAGAUCUUCCGCAAAUACGCUGACUACUUAGUAGCGAAUGGAAUCGACAUUGCCAAUCAACUGUCAUCGAACGAUGCUGCUGGCCCACUUGCGAAUGAGACAAAUCUUGCAAUUAAAGCGGCAGUUGGCCUGAAAGCGUUUGGUCAGAUGAGUGGGGACGAGUACUAUUCCCGCGUUGGUGAUGACCAUGCAAACAUCAUAUUUCAGCAGGGCUUGGGAACAGAUCAGAAUCAAACACAUUUCGUGUUGCAAUAUCCCGACUACCCAGAGACCUGGAAGACACCGUACAACCUUUUCCCUGAUGUUCUGCUGGGACUUGACACAUUCCCCAAAGCUGCUAAUCAGAUGAGCAGUGCCUUUUUUGCAUCUGUUCGAGGCGAGUACGGAGUUCCGCUCGACAAUCGUCAAGACUGGGCAAAAUCGGAUUGGAAUAUGUGGCUGGCUGGAACUUUUGAGAGAAGCACACGCGAUGAGUUUGUUGAAGACCUAUGGGCGUUCAUGACCAAUGGGAAGCACAAUUGGCCUUUUUCUGACCGAUAUGUCGCAACUUCGGAGCAAGGAAAUGAUCCUGGUACUCCUAUCUUGUGUCGAGCACGACCUACCGUCGGGGGUCACUUUGCAUUGCUCGCACUUGAGGGGCCUCGUUCUUUACAGUCUAUAUCUGCUUGCCGCAGGAUGGAUCCAGCAUGCUCAACUCCUGGAGAGAAGGAUAAUAUAGCCGGAAAGCAUACAGAGGAGCUUUGA